AUGCCGCCGCCGCCUUUGCUGUCGUACGUCCCACCGAAGAAAUGUUUGUGUUGCGAGAUGACGGCCUCGACGGACGCGGGAGGGGAGACGAGUGCCCGAGCCUCAGCCACUGGAAGCAGCGAAAAGCAGGCAGACGGGCAAGAACUUUCUCAGGCGCAGCGUGCGGCACACGGCCCCGACGAGAGAGAGAGGCGCGAGACGGGAGGGGAUCUCCCAGCUGAUUCCGACGCGCGGUACCCUCAGGGGCCUGGCGGGGCACGAGGCCCGCCCCCCGGCCUCACGGAGUUCCCGUCUUUGGAGAAAUCGAGGAGCGACAGUGUUCCCCUGAUGGCGGAAGCCUGCUGCUCGCUGGAGGAAUUUAAAAAAGACCGCGCGAGCAUGGAAAAAGCCUUGCCGCCCGUACGCUCCUCGUCCUGUCCCUCGUCCUCUGUGAUGCCCAUCCUUGAGACGGAGUCUGGCGCCGCGAGCGGCCUGCAGCGCAAGGCAGAGAACGCCACAGAAGAAAGAGGGAAACCCUCGUCGGAGGUCGGAGGCCGAGCCUUGGCGUGCCCACAAAGGGCACCUGCCUCGACGUGCGAGUGGACAGCGCCUUUCAUUGAGGCUCUCAUUCUGCAGCUGAGGCGACGCGAACUCAGAGGAAGUCACCAGUCGGCGAGACGCACUGCUGAAGUGUUGCGACGUCUCGUCGAUGUCUACCCGUGGCAAACGACGCACGAGCUCGUCGAGGUCGUGAAGCACGUCGGCCGGCGCCUCAUUCGCGCAAGCCCCAUGGAGUUCCUCGUCGCGAACGUUCUGAGGCGCGUCCUCUGCAUCAUCCGACGCGAGCACUACAAGCACGUGGAGCUGCAGAGACACCGGCAGCAAGAGCAGGCCGCGGAGCGUGCGCGCCGGGAGCAUUCCGCGUCGCGCGCGCCUGGUGGGGACAGGUCGGACGGAAACAGAGAACGGUCAGGCGCUCGAGGCCCCGAGAGCCCGUCUGCAGAGAGCGCAACCUGCCGCUCGUGCGGCUGCGUCGCUUCUCGGCGCGCGGCGGCCUUCGCGGGAUUGCGCGUGAGUGCCGGGCGGGACGAAGAGCGGGGGCGCCACGUGUGUGCGUCGGUCGCGUCGCCCUCGGCCCCCCACUGCGGAGUCGGCAGUGGGAUCGGCGGCUCUCUGCAGCCGGGAGCAAGCGGCGAAAACCUGCUGUUCUCGGCGGCGGACCGACCUGUGCUGCACCGCACAACUUCCGGUGCGCUCCACGUCGCCCGCUGGGCCUCGCAACGCGCGGCGCCGUCCAUGGCGAUGUAUUUCGACCCAUACGCCUCCCCGGGUGCGGACGACUGCAGGCCGAUGCCUGCGUCCGUCAAACAAUCCAUCUUCGAGGGCAUAAGCGAGCUGGUCGCAGAAGUCGAUAGCGCGUGGGAAGAGGGCGACGACGUCCGAACUGCGUGCUUUCUCAACGGCGACUGCAUUUUAACCUACGGCUACUCCCUGGCUGUCGAGAGGCUCCUCAAGGCCAUUCACCGAAGGAAUCAAGAAGGAGGCGAGCACGGAGCCGGCAGCCGCCGCACGAAGAAGAAGCGCGUGAGAUGCAGUUUUCAAGUUAUCGUUUUAGGAGGCGAUCCGGAGCAAGGCGGAAAGAAGAUGGCCCAGUGUCUCGUCGCCUGUGGAAUAAAAACCGCCUACGUCGCUGACGGAGCUCUGUUUGCAGUCAUGAAUAAAGUCGACAAAGUUGUGUUGGGAACCCGCGCUGUCCUCUCAUCGGGCGGCGCUGUGACGAUUAGCGGAGCGCGAUACGUGGCUGAAGCCGCAAAGACAUUUAGCAAGCCGGUUAUCGUCGUCGCGCCUCUCUUCAAACUGACUCAUCUUCCGGUGUACGACCACCACUCGCGGAACGAGCUUCUUCCUCCUGCGCUGCUGCUGCCCGAUAGUGCCGAGAUGGAGAACGUCAGUGUUCGCAUCCCGCUCUACGACUACAUCCCUGAUCGGCUGUUGACCGCUUUCAUCACAGAAAUCGGACCCAUUGAUCCGUCCUACCUGUACACCUUGUCGAAACAGCGCUACCACAUCGAGGACCUCGAUCUCUGCACCUUGGACUAG